CAUAAAGCGCAUGUAUCCAGAAAUAUUACAGGUAUCCGAUAUGAAAGGAAGACUGUACAUUGCGUGUCUUGUAAUUACGACAUGUUUGAUAUUCAAAAUUUCGACAGGAAUACCUCUUAACGACUUAAAACACACGGACAAAGAUGAUUUAACUGAAGUUACCAAUGGCUAUGCAGAAGCAGCUGCCUUGAGAGAAGAAAUCGCAACUUUGAAAGAAAGGAUGACUAUGUUAGAAUCAAAAUGUGCUAGUCAAAAAAGGGAAUUCAUAACUACGGAAGCUAAUCUUGAGGGAAUUAAAAACAACCAUAUCUUGAGAAGAAGAGCAGUGACAAGGCGUAUUUGGAGACCAGAGGUAGCAUUUCAAGCUUCUUUAACAACAGAAUCAGCGACAUUUAAACUGUACGAUACAAUAAACUUCAACAAGGUGAUAACGAAUAUUGGCCGAGCGUACAACAAACGUACUGGCAUCUUUACUGCACCUAUAUCUGGGACUUACACCUUUAACACAAAUAUCGUGUCAGAGAAAGGACAUUAUGUCGAAGCAAGUAUUAAAGUCAAUGAUAUGGUGACUGUGUCUGCAAUCAGCGAUCAUAGGAUGUCACGUGAUGGGAAACACUUUACUACAUGGGAUCAAGGAAAUGCUGUAGCCAUUUUAAGACUGAACAGAGGUGACAAAGUUUCAGUGUCCGUGCAAUGGCCACAAGGAAGUCAUGUUAUACAUGGUGUUGGAAAAUCAAAUUUCUCCGGUUAUCUUUUGAGAUCGCACGGCCGCCGAUGAUCAAACACGUUAAAUUUGAUAUUUUGCUUAGAGAUAGAUUUGACAUGAAUAUAGAUCUACAGGAACUUUAAAAAGAAUAAAUUGUGUUGCAAACGCAAAGGCAUUUGACAUAAGGUUAUUUGCCUUAGUACUGAAAGGUCACUGAUGAAUCGUCGCCAGCACUGUGACCUAAAUGUGUAUUUAAAUUUAUGAAAAACACACACAAAAAAACAAAACAAAAAAAAAACAACAACAAAAAACAACAAAAACACCAAAUCGGCUUUAAUUCGACGAUAUUGAUUUAUAUUUCCAAUAUAGAUUAAUUGAGACAUGAAUUAUUUUUCCAAAAAUUAUUUGGAAAUAAGCUUUAUGAAGCAUAGAACAAAACCACAUGUAAAAUGUUUGUUCCUCUGUAACUUUAUUAGGAAUGAUCUUAAACCAUUUGGAACACACUAUUUAUGCUGUUUGAAAACUUCAGUUUCAUCAUUUUGACAACAUACGACGUUAUAUUAGUGUACAUAUUAUUAACAGACUGCGAAUCUACACUAAAUUUAUAUCUUAAGUUCAGUAAUAACAUUGGCUAUUUCACUACUAACAUGUUUAUUUCAGUUAGAAUAUUAGAGUAAGGUACUGUGUAAACAUUCUGAGAUGGGGAAAGUCGCUAUAUGAUCGUUGUGUAGGUGAGACUGCAACAAAAGCAAUUUAUAGAUAAAUAACAAAUAAAUUAAUCUCAUGUGGAGUAUUUGCGAAUACACUAUUGAAAUAUACAUUUCAGCUAGAACAUAGGCAAUUACGCUUUUGAAUUAUAAUCUUCAGUUAGAGCAUUGGCGAUUGCAGUUUUUGAAUACUCAUUUCAUUUAGAACAUUGGCGAGUAAGAUUUGAAAUGUAAAUUUUAAGCAGAACAUUAGCGGUUACAGUAUUGAUAAAACAAAUUUAAUUAGAACAUUGGCGGUUACAGUAUUUAAAUGUAAAUUUCAGUUAGAACAUUGGCGGUUACAGUAUUGAACAUAAAUUUGCGAUUACAGUAUUGAAAUAUAAUUUCAGUUAGAACAUCGGUGAUUACAGUUUUGAAAUAUACAUUUCAAAUAGAACAUUGGCGAUUACUGUGUUGAGAAAUAAAUUUCGGUAAGAACAUUGGCGAGUACAGUAUUGAAAUAUAAAUUUCCAUUACAACAUUUUCGAUUAGAACAUUUUCGAUUACAGCAUAAAAUUAUAUAUUACAUUCGUAACCUUUAUGCAUAAAUUCUAUUUAUAUUUCUAUGAUUUUAUAAGGUUAAAUAUAUAUUUAAUGCUAAUAUAUAAAUUUACUUUUGCACGUUUUAUGUUGAAUAAAAGUGUUGAUUGAUUUA